AUGCAUAAUGUUGGAUCUAUCAUCACUAUCCCUCCUGGAAACGUACAAGCCGUCGAAGAUAUGAUACGCUUCUUUUACCUCCAGACCUACAAUCCGCGUCUUCUGCCCUCAGCCCCCAUGUCUAUGAUGCAAGCACGAAAGCGGGAAGCGGCUCAUCACGCUGCCGUUUACGAUCUCGCACGUCAAAAGAGUUACGGUGUUAGUGGUCUGUCUGGACGUGCUCAUAGGGCGUUCCAGAAUGGCGCUGAUGGCGCUCUGGCCUGGCUGGACCAACCGGCAAACAAUACGGCAAAGAACGCUGUGAGACUGCUCCGCAUGUAUGUCAACCUGAUCUACGAGAACGAUGACGAAACUUGGGAGGUCUUUCAGGGCCAAGAUAUACCGGAUAUGAUCACGUUCUGGCCUCUAAGAGGUUUGGUAUGCGAAACUGUAGCUAGGAUCUGGGUGAGAGCACAGCAAUGGAACGCGACGCCGGCUGCUGGUCAAGCUGCGGCCCAAGGGGAAGAAGAAGUUGAAAUUGAUGCCGGGGACACAGGUCAGGAUGUCGUGAAGAAGGAGCUCGCGAAGUUGUGCUGGAAGUAUGCGCAUUUCGCACAGGACUUUGCAAGGUGGAUGUUAAUCAAGGGAGAGGUGAGUAUCACAUUGGGCCACAAUGUCAUGGGAAGGACUUGGUAG